CCCUUGACUGAGUUAAUUUGGGUUGGGAUUUGACAUGCGUUUAUGACCUGUGUAAAUAAAACUUCACUGUAGAGGGCGCUUGCUGGCCAUGUCUGGAUGUAUAGGGUUGCAUUGCCAUCUAGUGGCCACAAGAAUCAGCAAUGCACAAAUUGCACAGUGUAUGCAAUUUUAACAACUAAAGGAAGAUUGGAUCAAUUAUCUUGAGUACAACGAUGUCAUUCUCUCUUUGCACGAUGGACACUCGAGUUAUGACUCAAGAGUUAUAGAUCUAUCAUAAUUCCCAUGGCCAAAAUUCCUCGUGAUCGGAACAGGGGGCAGGUCCCUCCGAGUCCCAUGACGUAUACUAGCUCAACCAGCGAAAAAGAAGGCAAAAAGUAAACGCGUUAUUUCCUUAAGAUGGCCUCGACUUCUUGGGUUCGUGUUGUGCUCCUGGUGUCAUUCUCGGUCCUUCUGACAUUGGCUCUGGGCUUCGGGCUGCCUGCGGUCCUCAACUUAGCUGCCGGAUGCUUCGGCUUUGCAGAGAAGAGUGUCACGGAAUGCAUCGUGUUUGUUUAUUUGGUUUUCGUGGCAUACGUUGCAAUGCCUAGAGUUCCUAGAGGAGUGGUGGAGGUAAAAAACAAAGCAGUGUUCAUCACUGGCUGCGACAGUGGUUAUGGCAAAGCACUCGCUAAACACUUGCACAAACUUGGAUUCACGGUGUUCGCAGGCUGUCUUUUAAAGGAUGACGAUGGUGAGGGGGCGAAGGAGCUGGAGGAGCUCAAGUGUGAUCGCAUGAACGUGUUGCAACUCGACGUCCGCAGUGAGGAGCAGGUCACCAAGGCUGUGGAAUAUGUCCAAGAAAGUCUUGCUGACAAAGCAACAGGCCUGUGGGCGUUGGUGAACAAUGCUGGCGUUUCAACAUUUGGGGAAGUAGAGUUCACGUCUAUGGAUACCUACAAGCAGGUGUCAGAGGUCAACCUCUGGGGAACCAUCAGGGUCACCAAGGCUUUCCUGCCAUUAGUCCGCAGGGCCAAAGGCCGUGUGGUGAACCUCGCCGGGGUGUACGGCCGCAUGGGCUGCGUCCUGCGCUCGCAGCUCUGCGUCUCCAAGUACGGCGUGGAGGCCUUCUCGGACUGCCUGCGCUACGAGAUGAGGCUCUGGGGGGUGAAGGUGUCCAUCGUGGAGGCCGGGAGCCUCGCGGGCGCCAAGGGCAACCUGGCGCGCGACACGGUGUCCGCUACGGCCAACAAGCUGUGGCAUGAGGCGGCCGCCCCUGUCAAGGAGGACUACGGGAAGGCGCACUUUGACCAGCAGAUGGCGCUGGUGCGCUCGGGCUGCGCCGCCGGAGACCGCGACGUGAGGCCCGUGCUGGACGACAUCACGGACGCCAUCGUGUCCAAGAGGCCGUACACGCGCUACAACCCCAUGGAGCCGCACUGGUGGAUCCGCAUGCAGCUCAUGACGCACCUGCCCGCCGCCCUCUCAGACCGACUGUACUUCUAAGAUGGCCACCGGGGAGAUCGCAGAGUCGCCACAACCCCCGUUGGUAGUAAGCGGCGGGAACGGACUCUAGGGCAACUGGUCCGUAGACUCCACCGACUCCCCAGGCCUCCUCCAGACCUGAAUCCACGUCACUCACAGCCUUAAAUGCUCAAACGUUCAACCAUUGCACUUUGAUUGUCUGUUUGUAUAUCCCGUUCUAUUCAGGUUAAUACGUUCCACAGGGUUGUUGCCUUAUGGUUUGGUAACAGCACGGCUCUGAGAGUCCGGAUGAGGAGAGCUUCAGGUUGGAUGGUGAUGCUGAAUGCCAAUGGUAUGCUGCUGCAUGGGGAGGGGGAAUUGAAAUGCCUUUUUUCUUCGUUUUUAGCUUCUGGCCGAGACCAGGGCAUUUCAAGCGGAGUCUCCUGUCGUUCAGUUGAGGCCGCUCCAGGAACCGGCCGGGGCCGGCCGCUGUAGGACUGUGGGCAGACCCUGCCAGGGACCCUGGUUAUGUAAUGGAAACAGAAGCAGCCUUUGUCUAACGCGUUUCAUAGGAUCCCGUUAGUUACUUUAACAAUUUCGUUUUUUUCCCCCGCUGCAAGUGGAGUUUCAUCAUUCUAUGGAAGCCAUAGUUAUGACCGGAAAAACGUAUCAGCAUCAUUAAAUAUGUCUGUUCAGAUGCAGCGAAAAAUAUGGUUGUAUUAUUUUUGUGCAUUAAAUACAAUCUUGUUAGCCUUGGAUGUAGGACCACUUGAAGCCACCAGGGGGUGUCAAAGUAUUGGGUUUAACAUUGUGGCCUUUGUGUUGGCUAUCUGUUGGCUCCUCAUCAUUCACAGCCCUGCUGAGGAUCACCAUGUUAACAGAUAGAUAGGCACUUUAUCUUGUAAGCACUAGAGUACAAUUGUGAUAUUCUACUAGAUAUUGCCUGUAGGUGCUGCAAUGAUUUCAUUAAGAAUGAAUGUCAAAAUAUGAUGUCAUGUCAGUUAAGUAUAAUUUCGCAAAUGUUUCAUGUGCAGAAAACAGCAAUGCCAGAACCAGAUGUUUAACAUUAACGUCAUGGUAUCAAGUAGGCUAUGUUAUUGAUAUGAACCGACUUUUACGUGCAACCCGACUAUUCAAAAUAGCCUAUGCAUUUAAAUAGCAUUAAGUCUUUCCACAAUUAGGUUUCAUACAACUAUUUUCAAAUUAAUACCUAAUUUAUUUUAAUACCCAUGUGUCUACUUAAACUAGACACAGAAGAUUAAGCAUAAUCACACGGAUUCAAUCGCCAUCUUUGUCAUUUUCAGAUAAGUGUACUCAAUUGAAAUCCUUCCAAAACAAUCAGCUCAGUCUUUAAUGUCCUAUCAAAGAAGUGAUUUGUAUCAAUGAAUAAAACAUUUGAAUACGCCCAAGUAUCCAAAACUGUAAAAAUAAAAUAAGAAAAACACAGAGGACAUGAUCAUUUUAUGUAGUUUAUUACUUCCUUUGAACAGUCUAAUAAACUCUGCUAAUUUAUUACAUGUGAAGAUGAUUUCCACCUCUAUUAAACAGUAUUAAGAGCUUUACAUUAUACUUCACAGCACACUCGUAUCCCCCCGGGCCGCUCCUGUCCUCUCCGCUCACAGAACUAAACCUUUGUGUGACAAAGAACACCAUAGACGACAUAAAAAGCAGCACGGACAAAAAGCACCGAGUUGACAGAUUGUUGCUGUCUUGUGUUUAUUUUAUUUUUAUCACCAAGCUCACCUAGUUCAGACAAACGGGCAGGAUGCCGUUUCCCAAAUGCACUUAAUACUUGACAGAGAACUGGAGGUGACCUAAACAGUGUUAAGAGACUGAACGUGUUAAGGGCUGUAACAGAUCAGAGGCCCUGCUACCAUGGUGAAAGGUAUCAUGGGAAUGAGUAUUGAUGCGAGGUCCUCGUCAAACCAAGCGUGUUCAGGAAGAUGGCGAGUAACGAAAUCACUGAAGUCAUAUCUGAAGUGACUCGACUGCAGAAUAAUGCCUUCACUGGGGAUGUUUUGACUCAAUACAACGCCUGCGUCUUAGAAACAUAGAACGUUUGACAUGUGAUUGCAUUUGGAGAUAAAUAAAUUGUCCUUGCCUUUAUGAUUCGGGAGGGCAAGUGGGGUUUGAGGCAGACAUCACGCUAAAGGGUUGACAUCUAAAUGGAAACAGGGAAUCUUUCUCACACACACACACACACACACACACACACACCCCUGUUUACAUCACAGGGCCGUGUGUAAUGAAAUGAACUACAGUAAGGUCACUUGAUGAUACCAUAUAACAUGGGCAUUUUAUGCAUCACGUACGAAUAGAACGCCACUUCUGCAAUGCUCCCACUCCCCGUUGGAAAUCCCUCCCCCUCACACUGAUAAGGGGACGCGAUCUGACCGUACCGAGGACGUGUUGCGAGCAUCGCCUUCACCCAGCGCUCGCUAAUCUGAAUCAGUUGACGUGCAUGCAAAACCGCUGACCACAUACACACUACAGCGAAGAGAGAAGAGGGAGUAGAUAGAGAACAGCUUUGGCGAUAGUGUUUCAUUGUUCUUGCCAAUAGAGGAAAGUGAAUUGAAUUGAGAGCGAAGGGGAGGGGGGGGUACUAGAAGCACGCUGACAAAAAGGAACACCAAACCUUUGGUUGACAGUUAGCUAUGAAGGCACUUUAAUUCGUUUUUCACAUUAACUCCUAGUGAAUCCUUUCGACCAGGACAUUAUGUGUCUUGCCUAGUACUUACACUGAUAUUACAAGCAGAGGUUAAAAGGGGAAAGUUCAGGCGAGGCGAGGCCGAUUGCAGCCCCUUAACCUGAGCGGUCGCUGUAAACUUCUUUCGACAAUCACCCUGGUGGAAUACCAUUUCAUUAACCGCAUGGUCCGGUCGUUUGGAAGACCAACCAACUGCCGGGACCAAGGCUGGACCACACCUAGGCCAGGAUCUGGAUCCAUCAAACAUGUUAUUUUCUCCUUAAUUAAGGGUUCCCAUAUUGAAAGCAGUUGGAAUAUUAAGGAUGGUGCCAAAGACAUCCAUUAUUCUUACGACACCUAUGUAGCAUCCAGCUUUGCAAAAUCAGAUAGGAGACUGCAUCUGUAAUCUUCAUGCGGUAUCUUUAUUCUUCAUGCAGUAUCUGUAAUCUUCAUGCAAAUGUCUGGUUUACACAUUUGCGACUAGAUUAGCCUACUG